AUGUUCCAGUUCAAUGGGAGCCAGACAGACCCCGUCGUUGGCUCAUUAGCCAGCCACCGCCGGAUGUCGAACUCCACCAAGAACGAAAAGCGUCACAUUACGAGGAAUCGGACCAGCUACAGCUGUCUCACGUGCCGCCGUAGGAAGGUCAAAUGCGACAAAACUCGACCAGUCUGUGGUGGCUGUCAGAAGGCCAAUGAGCAGUGCUUGUACCAUGAUGACAUGACCCCGGCUCCCGCUGACUCGGUGUUGACGGAGGACAGAGGUCCAGUCUGGAAGAAGCGAAAGUCAAGCCUCGCUGAGCAGGAAUCUCUCGAAAUGCUCACAGCACAAGCUGACAGCACGGCGCCGCCCACUGACCUCAAAGCCAUUGAAGAGCAGCUGCAGCGGUUGACAAGAUUGGUGGAUGCUCUUCGCCAUGGCACCGCUACUGGAACCGAUUUGCGGUGGAAGGAGCUGUUGACACCCGAGCAAUCAGCUUCGGACUCUGGGUCCGAAGGACCUCUGCAUCGACCAAGUAUGGGUCUUGACAUGUUCCAGUCUGGAAACCACGGGUCGACAAAAGAACUUGCCGAUCUGAGCACGCCCUUGUCAACCUUGAAGCUCAACAAUGGGGAAGCAAGGGAGGAUCCAUUCUGGAACCACAUAUCUGACGAACUGGACCAACUCAACAAUCUGAUGCGCCGGCGGGACAAUUCCUAUGCGAUCUCAAUUAGUCCAGAGAACAAGCCAUGCGAUCAAACGCGAGGUUGGGUGCCUCCAGUCGAGGAAGCGACAGAACCUGAGCAAGAUGACUUCUGGGUUCCAAAUGACUUUCACAAAGAAGCCGGAGCCAAGUCCCUUGAGAGUCUCGACCUGGAAAAUAAUGAUCCCGUUUGUCGCAUGCUGGCCUUCAGCAAAGCCAGCCUGCUACAGAACGUCCCUCUCAAAUGUUCACCUGCUGUAGCUAUAGAGCAGCUCACACAAGGACUUCCGACAAGAGCGCAGAGCAAUGUACUGUUCAGGUGCUGGUUAUCAGGCGUGUACCCAAUCGUGGGAAUCUUUCUGCCUUCGGACAUAUUCCAGAAACAUGAGGAAUUCUGGGACGACAGGGAAGCAAACGGCACAGCGGAGUCCAGACAUCCCAACCUAGAUUUCUUGACGGCAUUAUACGCGAUCUGGUACGCUGGUUCACUGAGCAUUUCUACAAAAGGGCUGCGACAGUGGUUUCCCCAUGCCUCGAGAGCCAGGCUCAGCACCCAAUUCCACGACCACACGGUGUUUUGUUUGCUCAUUGGAUCGUUCAGACGGAAUAUCAGCCUGUACAAGCUGGCCGCAUUGGUGCUCCUACAAACCAUCACUAUCGCGGAGGAAGACCCUCUGCAAAGCAGCCUCUACCUAGCACUCAUUGUGCGCUUGGCGUUUUCGAUGGGCUUGCAUAGGGAACCUACACUAUUCGAGCUUUCCGUGAACGAAGAGGGAAUGCGUCGACGACUAUGGUGGCAGAUCAUACAGCUGGACAUCUUCAAUGUCGUAGCCAGCGGCUAUCCAUCCCAGAUCUCGGAGAAAUUCUGUGACACACGGGUUGUUUGCGAAGACAGAGAUGCCUUCACACCUGAUAGCACCGGUGACGUCGCUUCGUCGCAUCCGAAUCUCAAGGUUGUGUCGCCUCAAAGCGGAAAGUCUAGUGGAGAGACUCCGAAUGCUGCAUCAUUUCGCACGCUGAUGCUGGUGGCAAGGGGGAAAUCAAUCCUGGCCUGCGCACUCCGAAGCGUGGUGGGUAUAUACCUGGAAACGAAGAAACUCACAAAUGAGGAUAUCCAGGAGAUGAAGAGAAUCAUCACCGAAGUGGGCGACCACAUCCACGGCAUCAUCAAGGCGAUACCGAGCAAGGGAAUGCCCGAGAUGGGUUUUUUCCCAGACGUGCCCAAAGAUGCACAGCACCGUGGAUCCGCCAGUGACGCGCUUAUGGGCAGCCCCAUCACUGCCACCGACAUCGCGUACUACAUGACGUCUCCCAAUGAAACUGAUCCCUCGUGGCCCUUGGCCAGCUUUCAUCGUCAAAAGCAGGCGGCGUACAACAAGUGGGCUCGAGUAAGCCUCUCAAUGUUGGUCGACAAGAUCCACUGCGUGGCAUACGCACCCUUCCUCAAAAACACCAAGAGCAAGUUGUGGGGACUGGGCAGGCAAUGCGCACUGCACAGCUGUCACAGCUUUCUGAGGAAAUUCAUCUCCAUCGCCACUGAUCCGGAUCUGGAAGCGUUUUGGUGGAGUUGGCCGGCACUUUACGGGCCUCUUCAUGCAGUUCUGAUCAUUCUCGUUGAUCUCUACGAGAGACCCGCCAGCGUGGAGGCCCCAAAGUCAAGAGAGCUGGUCGACAGGGUGUUUCGACUAGCCGCUCCUGAAUCGGGGAUCGUGGGAGGUUCCGAUGGUUAUACCGUCCAGAGACCGCUAAGGGAGGGUGGCCUGGAAGCUUGGGACAUGUUGCGAGGCCUUCGGUCUGCGGCUUGGCAGAGAGCGGGUCUUGACCCGACAGUGUUGUGGACAGAGGAGGAUCAGAUCGCAGUAGGAGUGGCGACUCCGUUGACAGAAACACAGAAGAUCGCGCAGAGUCUCAGAGAAGACUCCAUAUAUGAAGUGCAAACAACGGGCCAGGCCGGAAGUGUCUGGAUGGACAAUAUCAGACCGACGGAGCAAGGUAUACGAUAUAUGGUAAAGCUCACACAAGGAGACUUUGACAACGAGGGUGGCGCGUUUGGGGAGUCGUUCCGCUGCACGCGAACUGCGCGUCACGAGUUUUUGCAAGGCAUCGAGCGUGACGCUCGCAUGAAUGCCGGCAAAGGGCUGGCGAGGCGAGAAGGCCAGGCUAAAAUGCCUUUCCCACUGAGCGGUAAGAUGGCGAAGUGCUCUGGCACAGCAGCUGCGGCCAAUGCGCCACCUGUGCACGUCCUUGAUAUGCACACUCAUGUGCCCAGGCCAGAGGGCGUGGCUCGUUCAUGCCCCAGCCGGGUAUCCUCGUAUCUGGCUGAAACGGGGGUGACAAACGGCAUACAGUCUCUUCACGAAACGUCCCGCGCACCUGAACAACCGAGCUGGGAUCCCUCAACCACCAAUGGUGUCACGCACACGCCGCCAGCCACCAGCAAUUCACUGUCCGAGAAACCUACGAAUGGAGCGGUCCAUGUGAAUGGCCAUACCGACGAUUACGGCAGUCAGAUCCCGAGCAAUCACGCCGAACAGUCACACGAAGACCCAAGCUCGGUGUACGACGGGUUACACCAGGGUGACACAGAUAUGGACCUUGGCUUUGACUGGGAACGUUGGGAUGCCGUCUUUGGGCAAUACUCUGGAUUCACCGACCUCAUGGACGACGUCACCAUGUCAGCGUGGACAGAGGAUGUCGACGUGUGA